AUGAUUGACGCUGGUCUGCUGUUCCUCGCUGGCGCCAUUCGGCCACUCCCAGUUGGCUGUGUUCAUCCUGUUGUGAGCGAAGCAGGCCUGAAGCUGCGGAACGCGGUAGCCGUGAUCGCAAACGGGCUUCCGCAAGUCGAGCUGCACAAUACUGGGCUGACACUGGGUAACAGCCCCAUUAUGUGGGUUGUGGGGGGAGAGGGAGGGUCUGGUGUUAAUUGCAUCCAGUCCUCACCCCCGAGAAUCCCUGAGGCAGCGGUGACGGCCCUAUUAUAUGGACUGUGGGACAAUUUUAAGUGGCGUCCAAGUGCUGUGUUUUGCUCUGGCGGCCCAUACUGCAUCGGCCCAGAGAGGGUGGAGGGCCUACUCAAGUCCCCGCAGGGUGGGUGGUGGGGUGAGCGCGGCUGUCGGGCGGAGCACGUGCGUUUGAGCGGAUGUCGAUCAAGUGGCCGUAGUCUGGGCGCACAUGUGUCCGCGCGCGGAUGUAGGUCAAGUGGCCGCAGCAGGCGGUGUUGUUAUGCCGGAAAAAAUCCGGUUUUUUACCCAUCACAGGCAUACCAUCGGCAUAAUUACAAAAUUGAACAGACAAAAACCCGGCCCUUUGCGCCGGCUGUGCUGUGUCCAAAUUUCAAAGCAAUCGGUGGAGUAUUUUCGGAGAUUACAUAUAACACAGGAAAAAAAACCCUUCCAUUUUUAUAUAUAUAGAUAUAUAGAUGUGGCUUGGAAACCCUCAGAGCAAGUGCGAUACAAAAAGGUAUUCAGAAAGUGAAAGAACUUUUGAAAACCGCAUGAUAGUUUCUUUACAUGUACAAAAUUUAAAGAACUCGUCAAUUGCUACCGAAUGAAUACAAGGAGGGAAAUUUUGUAUAUGGCUGCAAUAUAAUAUGCCUGAACUUAUCAGUGCAUCGAAAAUCGACGAGAAAAAUUAACACUAUUUUCAGUUUUUCAGACGUCCGAAACGAACCUUAUGUAAGGGACAGCACCUUCGGGCUGAAGCAUCUUUGGAUUAUGCUGCACGAUAACUUACAUUUGAUUUCUACUUACGUAAUCUUUUCGAGUCGGAAAAUUCUAGAGUUUCAGUAUAAAUUUUAUGAAAUAACAUAAUAACUGUUAAGUGUUUACGGGUAACCUGAUUGCAGUUUAUCCAGCCAAAAACACCAUUGGACCAAUGUUUUUUCAUUCUCCCUUCCCAGUUUAAGAACUACUAAUUGAUCUUUUUUUAUCCUAGUUACAGAUAAAACUUCCAUGAAAAAACCGUGUAUUCAGAAGUGACAUAAACGUCCUUCAGGAAGACACAAUAGAAACAGGGAUAUGGGUGGCUGUAACUCCAAUUUCCGGCGUCUUUACCUGAAUUUGGAAUGUUCGUUUAUAUCGUUCGUUUUCAGACUCUAUUGGUAAAUACCACGAAAAAGUGAUCUUCAAUCCCCUCAUGACUUUAAAAGGCUGCGUUGACACAGUGAAACCGAAUCCCAAUAAUGACCUGAUCUGCACUGUUCGCGAAAGGAGACUUCUCCUCAAACAUAUUACGAGAAGUUAGAAAGGGAAAGAAGUAUGCGUAAGAAGCAUGCAGCAGAGUUUGUGAAUACACUGUCUAGUGCAAAACACUUUCAAAAUUUGCUAAUUCGAGAUCCAAUGUCAUUCGCUAAAUAUAAGGAGCAGCAAAAUAAAUGUCGCUAAAAAAAUACGGGUUGCUAGAACUUCUUUCGAGCGUUAACUGACAGCAGAAUAAACUGCAUGGCCCAAGAACUCUUAUCGAUACGUCCGCAGUAGGAGAAAACAUAGGGACGGAAUUGCGUGUCUAAAGAAUAGCCUCGAAAACUUAUUUUCUGAAGAGCCUCUGAAAGUGCAAUUACUGUCUCAGUUUUUCUAAUCGGUUUUUACGGAGGAGUCCUCAGAAGAAAAUAAGCAGUUCGAAAUGGACCGAGACAGCCGGGAGCUUCAAAUGCGCCCAGAUACUGCCGUCAGUGAAACCGUUGCCUUUUGCGUCUAAGAAGUAAGACGCGUUCUCAGUCAAAUAAAACCAGAUAAGUCUCCAGAACCAGACGGAAUUUUCGGGCUGAUACUUAAGAAGCUAUCAGCGGAGCUGUCAAAGUUUCUUUCGACUCUCCUUGAGCUGUCAAUGAGAACGGGAAGGCUGUCAUCACAGUGAAGGACAGCUAACCUCGUUCCCCUACAUAAGGUCGGUAGUGGGAUGGCAGCAAGCAGCUUCAGGCCUAUUAGCUUAACUUGCCUCUCAUGAAAAACGAUGGGAACUAUAGUAAAGAGCGGUACACAGCAGUUUUGUGAAGAAAAUAGCAGAUUGCAGGAUUUUCAACCUGGUUUCCAGAGCGGACGUUCCCGCCUUUCAAAUCUGUUAAUUUGUCUGGAGAUCUGCACCAGACCUUUAGAAGAGGAUCGUUAGGUCGAUAAAAUGUGUAUUGAUUUCCGUAAAGCUUUCGAUACUGUUCCGCGCCAACGUUUUCUUCACAAUUUGAGCGCCAUAGGCAUCCGGAGAGAUUUUCAGAACCGGAUUAGGGCGUUUCUGGUUGGUCGGAAACAGCGUGCCUGUAUCGCAUAUGAUAUAUCAGACUUGGUGGAAGUGACUAGUGGUCUGCUUCAAAGCUCAUUUCUGGGACCACUGCUCUUCAUCCUACAUGUUAAUGAUAGCCUCCAGCAACUCGACUGCGGUAAAAUAAUGCUUGCUGACGACAUUAAGCUCUGGCAAGUCAUUAAGAGUCCGAAUGAUCAGAGAUCCCUUCAAGAUCACCUGCCCCGACUGUAAGCGUGGUCGGAGAAAUGACUUCUAGAUUUCAAUGCGGAGACGUGGGCCGUCCUUCAUCUGCGUCCAACCAACUCUCAUUCAAAUGAGACCCUGAGGACAUAUAAUCUGAAUGAUAUAAGAUUCCCCGCAGAAUCUUCACAGAAGGAUCUGGGUGCUUGGAUACAUAGCGAUACGAAAUCAGCACUGCAGUGCAACAAGGCUGCAGAACAUGCCAUAGGAGUGCUGCAUGCAAACAAAAGGGCGUUCGUUACCUUUGAUCAAGACCUUUUUGGAGGAGUUUACGACAUUUUUGUUCGGCCCCAUUUAGAAUAUGGCAUAAAAGCGUGGCGGUUAUGGCUAUUAAGGGAACAAUCAGGCCUCGAAAGGGUACGGCGUCGUGCAACAAAGCUGGCAAACGGUCUAAAAAACUAAUACUUCUCAGAAAGACUGUAUUGCCUUACUUUAUUCCCUCUGUGUGACAGGCAGCAAAGAGGUGAUCAUAUCCUCGUCUACAAGAUGAUACAUAGCUAUGAGCAUUGACUUAGCUUCGAGGACAUGUUUCGGUGGCACCUCUCACCCAAUCUUCGUUGUCACUCGAUGAAGUUACGGACAACAAUGUCCAGGCUGAAUCUUUGUUCUGAAUUUUUCACGCAAAGGGUAGUUGAGAAAUGGACCGAUCUCCCCCACUCACUAGUGAAGCCGACGUCUCUGCAACUCUUCAAGAAACGCUUGGAGGAUUAUUGGUGUCCCCUGUUUUUCGUCGGCAGUCUGAACCUGAGCUAAUUUCCCCGAGACCCCAGAAGCUUACGUCGCCCUUACAAUGCUAUUCAAAUGAAUCAAGUUCCGUUUUAAUAGCGAAUAUUUUAAUUGUUCGUGUGUAGUUUUUUCUAACGAUAUGACACGUUAUCAAGAGGAUUUUCAAAGUGAAGCGUCGAGUACAUAUUACCAACGACGAUUUUCUCAUAGCGAUUGGAUAGGUCGGACCCGAUAAUGUCGGGUAGUGAAGGCCGGAUGCCGAGACUUUCCGACUUUACCAGAAGGCGUCUAUGUCGCAAUUUGUCGAAGUAUGUAACGGUCACUGAUUAACGUUCAUCAUUGGGCGUAUGCAAAGGCAAUUGGCAACAAGGGCCGCCGAGCAUUUGCUUAACUGGCUUUUCAAACAGGAAAACAAACCCCCGCGUUCGUCUAUAACGAAACACCAGUUAGACAGCGGUCAUGUUGUCGACACUAAAGCAUCUUUUCGAGUACUUGUUCGAGCGCAUACAACUCGAACCUUGCGUGAUUUGGAAGCAGCAUACAUACGGAGGGAGAAACUAGACCUGUGCAAGCAGUUAGAUCACGUGAUCAAUCUGCAGUUGCCCUGGUAUUCUCACACCUCUAGUUUCCCCUGACUGUGAUUUGUUGUUAACAUUUCGUCUUCCUCUUUCCUAUAUGAUGCUUAUGUGGACGUCUUAUCUGAUUAUUCAUUGUCUUGAACCUUGACCUUGCUCUUAUGCACUGCCAUUAUGUACAAAUUCAUACUGCUGUGCGCUUUCAUUCGUUACCUAUGUUAUGCAGAGACGGGCUGCAGUUGAAAAGCCGUCACGAAAUUUAUUGGCCCCAAUAAAUUCUGCUGUACAUGCUUUUUAUCAAUUCAUACCCCGGAAAAAAUGCUUCAAAUUUCUAGGCUGUGUUGGCCGGGCUCAGAUUGCCAGCAGAAUCGCCAGGUUUGAAGAAAAUGGUCCUAGUGGUAGAAUAAGGGCAAGGAUGACUGCAAGGUUGAGGGUAGUAGAAAGCAUUGCGUUAUGGAAUCCAGUUUCUGAUGCAGAACCAACUGUUUCCUGUGAGGAAAGCGAUUGAAAAUGUCCUUCUUGCUCCCCAAAAGACAUAACGCUCGGCAAAGUUAUUUCUGACGAAUAGACACGUAAUCAAUAGAGUUUUUAAAGCGUAGUGUCGACUACCUAUUACCGACCACGACUUUUUGAGGGCAGUUGGAUAGGUAGGACCCGAUGAAGUCGAGUAAUGGAGGCCGGGUGCAGAGACUUUCCGACUUUACCAAAAGGCGUCUAUGUCGCAAUUUGUCCAAAAUUUACUAAGGGGAAAGUAGGUAACUACCACUGCACACCGUUCGUUAUGGAGCGAGAUGAUUAGAUGAAGUAAGGCCAAGUGGCAGGUUUCCAGAGAACUAUGCUGAUUAGAGACUGGAAUCUGAUUGGAUGGUCAGAAAUCAAGAAUUUCAUUUUUAAUUGACCUUUCAGGGAGUCUUCCUAGAGACGGAGUUUUGGGCAAGCUCCGAGAGUUGUUAAUAUCGGAUAACUCCGGCCAGAUGAUAUCCAUUUUCAAUUUAUUCAUGUGCGAGUAUGCUGGGAGCGUAAAAUAUAUGGAAAUGGAAUUAUUCUGAAAUGAAAGAACGGCUGACUGAUAUCGAAUGGAACCCUGCGCAUGUAUAUGACCCGAACGCUGCCAUUGUUUUCAUAAGGGACGUGAUCUGGAACUUGGUAGAACACUGUUGCCCACUCAAAAAAGGGAAAGAGCGUCGCCCGCCCAGAAUAGGUGACAUUAGAAAUAAAAAGAAAUCUCAAAAAUAAAAGUAGACUGCGGGAAACAUAAACCAAAUGCCCAUAGUAAAAAAGUCUGUCGGAUUAUAAGGAACAAAGAUAAAGGUGUCGGAGUCUCCUGAGAAAGGAAAGAGCAGCAUUUGAAUCAAAAAUAGUGAAAGAAGUACUGAAAAAUUCAAAGAAAUUCUUCUCUUACGGAAAUAGGGCAAAACGUUAUCGGGACUCCAUUCAUUGUCUCAACAAUUAUCAGGGAAAUAAAUUAACCGAUAGCUCAGAUAAGACUAAGCUCUUAUCCGAUUUCCUCAUAUCCGUGUAUACCGAGGAGUCGCUUUCUGAUGUGGAAGUACAUCGUCAAACUGCCCCACCUUGAAAUAAAAAUUUACACAGUGACGUCACAACAGGCGCAGCAAGAAAGCUUCUGAGACGGCUGCAACCCACUAAAUCGCCUGGUCCGAAUGGUAUAUCCGCAAAAGUUCUCCAUGAACUCGCAAACCAACUAGCUUCCCCAGUAUCCAAGAUCUUCCAAUGUUCCAAGGAAGCAGGGGCUUCGCCACUUAACUGGAAGAUAGCCAAUAUUAGUCUGAUAUAUAAGGGGGGAAAGAAUCUCGCCAAAUAACUGCGGACCAUUGAGUCUCACAAGCAUUUGUUGCGAAAUAAUGCAGAAAAUAGUGAAAAGGGAGCUGAUGACGCAUAUUAAGGCGAGCAGUUUGCUUAGUGAGCAUCAACAUAGAUUUAGAGGUGAUCGAUCCUUUUACACUUGCCCGUUCAUAUCCGUCGAAAGUUGGACGAAAUCGUUAGAGAUGGGUUUGCCAGUAGAUGCAGUUUGCACUGACUUUAACGAAGCCUUCGACAGGGUGCCACACAGACGGCUCAUAUGUAUACUGCGCCACACGGGUGUGACUGGAAACAUUCUCAAGUGGUUGACCCACAUCAUCACAGGUAGACGUCGGCAUGUGUCCAUUGAUGAUGCCAAAUCGGAGUUGGAAACCGUACGCAGCGGUGUUUCACAGGGGAGUGUCCUGGGUCCUAUUCUGUUCUUGAUAUGUGAACGAUGACCUAGACUGCCAAACCUGCCAGAACGUUAUGGUUGCUGAUGAUUUGAAGAUGUGGAGUUCGACCGAACAGCCAGAGGACGUGCUAAACAGGCAAAAAACAGCUUGACUGCAACAGUGGUGUGGUGAUUGGCAUCUCCACCUCAAUCUCAACAAAUGUCCAUUCACCAGAUUAAUGUUUAGUAACAGAAAGGAUUUGGAUGUGAGUAACACUAUUUACUCAGCAAUCACGAACUCGAACCUGUAAAUUAGGCAUAGGGAACCUGGUGUGUGGAUAACGUCAACUCUAAACUCUCGUCUCACUGCGACAUGAUAGCAAAGAAGGCUAUGGGCAUCCUGGACGAAGAGCAUUUCGGACGAAAGUUUGGAACAUUUAUCCGGCCGCUUUUGGAAUAUAGCAUUCAGGUAUGGCGCUCCUGGGUAAGGCAGUCCUACACUCAGGCAUUAUUGCACUCUAUUGGAGAAGGUGCAACGAUGAGCGACCAAACUAGUCGGUGGGCUGAAGCGCCUAACUUAUGAGGAACGGAUAGAAGGGCUCAAAUCUUUCCCUCUCUCCUUUGGGCAAUAUAAAAGGGGCACGAUCAUGGUCUUCAAACUUGUCAGAGUAGAUUGCGCACUCAAAUUGGCCGAUUUUUGAACUGGCACAAACGACAAAUCUCCGAGGUCACGGAUAUAAGUUGAAGACGAAGUGCGCCAAGUUUGAAGUUUGGGCGAAAUUUUUCUCCUACCGCGUGAUUAAGGAUUGGAACAAACUGCCCAAUUCAGUUAUUCUGGCAGAAAGCGUUGAGACAUUUAAAUGGAGACUGGGUGGCAUUUUGUAUGAUGGUCAAUUAUGCUUGAUAAGAACUGUUAAAAUGCACCCGUAUGUCUAGGUAAACAUGUGUGCGUUUUUUCAGUCUAUGUCCGUAAAUAGGGUUUUCAAAAGCUAUGCUUAUCUCCCUUACGUAUACGGAAUUAAUGUGCGUAAACAUAGGUUUGAAAGUCGAUGAUGUCUCGUAAAUCGCUCAUAUUCAUGAUAAGCUAAAUGAAAUCUUUGAUGUUAGUCUAUCAGAAGAUGCAGUUUACGUUUAGUUCAGAGUGAGUUUUGACAGUGUUUCACAUCAAAUGCAAUAAUGAUGAACUGACUUUGCAACAAGGGCCUAUCCGCUUGUGAAUUUUCUGAUGAAUGGUCACUAAAGCUAAGCCGUGUCGAAUGUGUUACACUGAGGCUCGGAACGACGAAAGGGAGCGUAAAAGGCGGUUCUCACAAAUUCCAAGGCGCUUGUCCAAUGUGACCAAACAAAACCACAUCAAAAGCAUCGGUUUUCAUUCCAAAAGUCCUUGUCUUAAAGCGUCAGGCCCGCCGAAAGAAUGACCCGUUCUCUCUGGCCAGUUAAAGGAACUUCCAUCUGUAUAGAUAAGGAAGUUUCUGAGAAUGUAUGAGACAUUUGUUCGUCCGAAAUUGGAACCUGCAGUCAUUUCGUGGGGCAAAAGACCGAAAAAGACCAUAUGUUGGUGGAGAAGGUCCAAAGAAGGUUGAAGAAAUUUUUAAAGGACUUUGAGACUUUAUUUAGCAAAGGCACACUUGGUCCAUUUAAAUGUUUAUUAUUUGAGAACAGGCAUGAAAUGUCACUACUUCACAUGGGAGUGACUUCCACGCUCGAAAUAUAUUCUGACUGAAAGAAAACUUCCGUCGGUCUGGACGCAUUUAUUCGCAUUUAACCUCGUAAGAGUGAUUUCGCAGGUAGCUCACAUUUGUAAACUUGAAGAAAUCUCCAGAUCUGGUCGAAUACUUAUGUUCACAGCCGGUUGUAGCUCAUUAGUGUGUAGGAUAGGGAAAACGGAUUCAGCUCGAUCAGUCUUUCGUGGGGUGACGGAGUCCCAAGACUACCCGUCAGGUUUAUCACACGUUCUCGCAUCGGCUCGAGUGGGCCACUGUUCUUCUUUAUCCAGGCCGUCCAUGCAGGUAUUCCGUAAUCGAAUUCGGUCUAGAGAUCAUAUCAAAAAUCCGUACGAAGUAAUCGGGAGGAAAAGCCGCGAAAACCCGCCUAGUUAUGUACCUAAUGCUUGCCACCUUUUAGAUGGCUCCUUUGAAGUGUUCGACUGGCAGCAUGUUCGAAGUCGUUCAGACAUCAGAGUCUUUGUGCGCGUCUCCUCCUUUUAGUAAAACAACUGGAAUAUUCUUGCGACCUCGUAAUUAGUGAUGAUGUGCGUUUUUUGGUUUUCCAUACUAUCGUUCUUUGUGAAUCUCGCCCUCCAUAAGUCUACCGCCGCGAAUUAAUUUAUUUGCUACCCAGUCUCAAUUUUCCACGAAAGACUUCUUAGUUUUGUUUACCUCAACACUGAUAAGAUUCGUGUCUCGUAUGAGCAUGAAGAACGUGGAUAUUCAUUUCGGAAAGUUAAAAAAACAAUGUAGACAAUGAGCUGCCGCGUAAGUCUGUAAUCUAACUUGAAAACCUUUCAUAUUUUACUUUUUCUAAAUUAGUAUUUUGGUGUUUUAAUUAUAUGUUCAUUAAAUAUCCGAAGACCUUUGAAGGUCGAUUAACUUUUGACCAUAUAAUUGUCGGCAUAGGAAGUCGAAGAUUAAGUUCCGGUAAAGCUAUCACUAAACACAGUAAAUAACAUGCCUAGGUGUGGUGGAAAAGAUCGUGGAAACCUAACGUACUUCGCCCACAACGAGACCCCACUGAGUCUACAUCAAGAAUAUCUUUGUGUUAGUGGGCCAACUUCAGGAAGCGGAUGCCGUAAGUGUCUUUUCUGAUAUUAUAGAAUCUAACAUAAACUUUUAGCUCCAAAAAAGUGCUACCCAGUUAAAAGUCCCAAGGCUCCCCACUUCUGCUGCUGA